CCGCAAACCUUGAUACGAAUACUGACUCGUACCCUGCCCCCUGUCUCUCGCAGUCUGACCGUAUCUGCUUGAUCUGUGACUAUCGCACUCAGAAUUUAGUGACGAGCCAUGUCGUCUCCCGUGUCUGUCUUGAUCGUCGGCGCUGGCCCAGCGGGGUUGAUCGCAGCGAUUGCACUAUUGAAGAAUCAUAUCCCAAUACGGAUAAUUGAGAAGCGGCCUAUCCCUCAUGGUGGUGUCCGCGGGACGGCUAUACAGCCUCGUACCCUCGAACUCUUCGCUUUCUUGGGAGUCUUGGAUGAUGUACUCGCUGUGUCCACACCGCCUUUCUUGAUGGCGAUGCAUGGUGUUGGGCGUGAAGUCCUGAAGGAGACAAGAUUCGAGGAAGAAGCUGAUGAGUCUCCUCACGUUCCUUAUCCCCGGAGCGUGCACGUUGGCCAACAUGUGCUUGAGCGCGUUCUCAGAGAAAACAUCGACAAACUGGGAGCUAGAGUCGAGUUUGGUGUGGAGCUUGUGUCAUUCGAGCAACAUGCAGAGCAGGUCGUCACUGAGCUAUCUAUAUCCACUUCGGAACAUACGCCGCCAUCGGUCGAGACGCUUGAAUGCACGUACAUGAUUGCAGCUGAUGGGGCUAAAGGUCGGGUCAGAAGAAAUCUCGGCUUGUCCUUCCUGGGCGAGACCAAGGAAACUGAGCGCAUGUUCACCGCGAAUGUUGAAGUGCACGGUCUCGACCGAGCGCAAUGGCAUAUGUGGGGUAGCUUCAGUUCUGCUGGCUUCGGACUCAAGCCUAUCAGCCCCGAGCCGCUGUUUCAGGUUCAAGCACUCGGUCCGGAUCUACCCACCGACCUCCCGCGGGACACCAAAGGAGUCCAGGAGCUCUUCAAUAGCAUCAGUGGCGCCAAGGACAUUGAACUGUUAAACGCAUCAUGGACGUCGGAAUGGAGGGCGAAUAUUCGACUGGCGAAUGCGUUAUCGGUCGGCCGAGUGUUUUUGUCGGGUGACGCCGCACAUUCGCAUUCGCCAGCAGGUGGUCAGGGGGAGAAUACUGCGAUGCAAGAUUCGCUCAAUAUCGCUUGGAAACUAGCCCUUGCUCUACAAGGCGUUGCGGCACCCUCACUCCUGGACACUUAUCAGGUUGAACGCAUGCCAGUCAUCGCCGAAAUGCUCAGUCUUUCGACCGAAUUGCACACGCUCGCUUUUCACCGCAUACGCACUUCUACCCUUGACCCCGAGAAGCCUCAGGAUCCGGAAACCCAGGAAAUCAUGCAUCGCCCUCGGCGAUUGCUGCAGCUCGGGGUCAACUAUAGGUGGAGCCCCAUCGUGAUUGGUGAUCAUGGUGAUGACACCAACACCGAGAAGGAUCCCUACGGACAAGGCUCAGCAACUCUUCGUGCAGGCGACCGUGCUCCAGACGCAAGGCCGCUACUGGACAUUACCGGCGCUGACAAUGACAUUCACUCGACACGACCAGUGUCGUUGCAUUCCACCUUCACCGUAGAUCGCCAUACCAUCCUGAUAUUCCCUCCCACCUCAGGCGUGGUCAACACGAUCGAAUUCGCAGCACUGCAGCAAAUUGUCGCUCGCAUGGCCACUGUAACCAUGAUUCUCGCAGAAGCCCUCGAAUUCGAAGGACACAACUGUCGAACUCUCGUUGACGUGGAAAGGACCGCCUAUUUGGGAUACAAUGUUCCAGAAUCGACGGGGGCCUUCGUUGUCGUCAGACCAGACGGUAUCAUAGGAGCAUAUGGGCGGGAUAUGGGAAUUGUCUUCCAGUACUUCGCUACAAUGACCGGCCAUUCGUCCCGUCUAGGAGCACGCGAGAGUUGAGAUGGGCAUUCUGUGUCGCAUACUACGUCGCAUACCACGAGAGAAGUAGAACAGUCGUGUAUGUGAUCCGUUUGUAGAA